AUGUCCCCCUGCGGUAUUCAACCCUCAAGACUCGCUCGAUUUGCUCUCUUUUUCAGCCUUUUCUGGGUACCGCGGGUGGACGCAGAUGGUGUGAACAGAACAAUUGACGAUACGUUUGGCGAUUCUGUGACAAAGCAAAGGGUCACUUAUACCCCAGCGUCGGGUGUAUGGCACGAUGCGACUUGCCUCACAAGUAGUGGAUGCGCCAUCGUUGGAGACCCAACCCAAUGUUUUAGUAGCACCUACACUGCAGCGACAUACAGAGACCCUUGGAGCGAGACUUCUAUCGCUAUGCAGUUCAAUGGGACAGCCAUUUAUGUUUUUUUCAUCCUUGCCAACAACAUGGGAACUGGUAUCAUAACCCAAACGGUGGCAAAUUUUACUCUGGAUGGCGGUCAGCCUCAGCUUUUUACGCACCAGCCCGAUCCAAAUACAAAAGACCUCAACUACGGCCAACUCGUCUUCUCCCUCACGAACCUGACAAAUAGCGAACACACUCUGGUCAUAUCAGCUUCAGAAGUCCACAUUAAUUCAUACAUCAAUUUUGACUAUGCUGUUUAUACACAUGAAGAUGACACACAGUCGUUAACCCAAAAUUCUGCUCAUAAGAAAAGUGCUCCUAUCGGUGCGAUUGUCGGUGGUGUCAUUGGAGGGAUAGCUGUGCUUCUGGCGUUAGCUUUCCUCAUUUUAUAUUGGGUUCUGCGCCGCAGGCGGACUACAGAGGAAAAAAAAGUCGAACCUGGAUUUGAUCCUCAAAUGAUGGUUGAAGUUCAAUCCUGCAUCUCUUUCACAGAGUCCACCCCGCCCAAGUGGAUUGGUCGAUCCCUUUCUGAGGCCCCUACCUUCCCAAGGCAAUAUUUCACCACACUCUUUUAG